AUGACGACCGACUACGAAGGUUCCGCCCCCGCGGGCCGAGUUCUGUCUUCGGGCUCGACCGCCAGCCAACAGGCGGGGAUGUUUCCGCACGGCCACCUGGGUCAUCUGAACUCUCAACAGGAGGAGGCGCUGGGGCGGUUCAAGGCGCUGCUGCAGGAAAAGGGCCUGUGGCGGCCUGGCCCUCCGGCGUCUCACGAUGACCAGACGCUGCUGCGGUAUCUGCGCGCGAGACGGUGGAUCGUGGAGGAUGCGUAUGGCCAGUUCAAGGACACCGAGGAAUGGCGGGCGGCGAACAACAUCGACACGCUGUACCGGACCAUUGAGCUGGAUGCGUACGAGCAGAGCCGGCGAUUGUAUCCCCAAUGGACCGGCCGCCGUGACCGCCGCGGCAUCCCCCUUUACGUCUUCGAGAUCCGUACCCUCGACUCCAAAACCAUCGCCAACUAUGAGAAGCAGGGCGCCAACAGCACCUUUUCACAGGCCAAGACGGACGGCAAGACGCCUCCCGGCCUGCUGCGUCUCUUCGCCCUCUACGAGAACCUGACGCGCUUCAACCAGCCCUUUUGCACGCAGCUGACGGAUCGCGACCACGCCGACGUGCCCGUCACCAUGAGCACCAACAUUGUCGACAUCUCCGGUGUCGGCCUCAAGCAGUUCUGGAACCUCAAAAGCCACAUGCAGGCCGCCUCGCAGCUGGCCACGGCGCAUUACCCGGAGACGCUGGACCGCAUCUUCAUCAUCGGUGCGCCCAUCUUCUUCAGCACCGUCUGGGGCUGGGUCAAGCGCUGGUUUGAUCCCAUCACCGUUUCCAAGAUCUUUGUGCUUGCGCCCCACGAGGUCAAGCCCACCCUCGAGGCCUUCAUCGAACCCAGAAACAUCCCCAAGAAGUACGGCGGCGAGCUCGACUACACCUUUGGCCAGCUGGGAAUCCCCGACCCGGCGUGGGACGGCGUCAUCCGAUGGGAGAAGGGAUACAACUCGUUCCCCAGCGGCCCGCUGCUCUGGGAGGACGUCCCGGGCGAGGAUAGACUGGCCUGUGUCCGUCUCGGUGCGGAGAACGGCAAGGCGAAGCGAGAAGUCAUCUGCACGCUGCCCAGGACUUUUGGCCCGGCCGAGAAGUCUUCAGAUGAGUCGACUGCCACGGAGAGCUCAGCUGCCACCACCACAAACACCGCCGCCACGACGAUCAACGACGCUUCCGAGGGCACCCAGACCUCGGAGGACACCCUUGACGAUGCUACCCAGACCGACGGACCCGCCGAAGCCAUCGAGAAGCUGAAGAUUGACGAAAAGGCUGAUACCAAGGCGACCGAGGUCACUCCCAUGGCUGCUGCCACCGCCGCUGCAUAA